ACUUUGAGAUGUUUUCUGCAUGUUGAUUAUUUUCUCAAUGCAAUGGCCUCUCCCUAGGGGCGGCUUAAUUGUCUUCUUAAUAUUAUGAGCACCUUCCGUCUCAUGACGAGGACAUUUUUUCCUUCUUAGCAGCAGGGACGGACAUAAAACAACAGUCAGGGAGGAACAGGGCUGUGAAUUUUGAGGAGUUCACUACAUGGGGGCCAGUCACUUCCUUGGUUCAAGCUGUGGGGUUGGAAAUGGCAGAAAUCCAGAAGGAUCCAAAUACCAACUCACCACAUUGGUGAACUUGAGCUCUUUCAAACAUGCUUAACUCUGCAUCUCUAGUGAUUCUUCAAUGUGCUCCCCCCCACCCCUUCUGCUUCUCCACACCUCCCUUUACCGCCUUUCCUAUGCAAAUGUAAUCACUGCCCACUAUAAAUACACCUUUUCUGCCAUCCGCUUGUCCCCAGCACUGUCACACAGAAACAACAACUCAAAAAACACACUACAGGAUUUCCCCUUUUUUCCAGGAUGACCUCAGAGCUCUGUCCUCAUUUCAGCUCCAUUAAGUCUUUCCAUUCAGCCUCUGUGCUAAUUCUCCUUCUGCUUGCUGGACCUGGAAGCACAUUGGGCCCCGGUGCUCACAGAGUGAGGGCAGGGCUUGAGGGACGAGCUAGAGCUGAGGGGAGGAUAAGAGCUGGGGUGAAAGACCAGAGCCGGGACAAGGCAAUUACUGAGGGCAACACUGAAACUGGAUUUGGAAAUACUCAUGUUUCUGGAGGAGCAGGAGAAGAUGGCGAGGUGUGGCAGGACCCUGGUAUUACUACUGGAUUCAGGUCUGUGCUUUCUGUAGGAGACGGUGGCCUGUGGGAGCCCCGCAGUUCCUCUCGCUGUGUGCCCGUCCCGCCUGGCAUGGCCUUGUGCCAAAACAUUGGUUAUGACUCUAUGAGGAUGCCCAACCUGCUGGGCCAUGACUCUCCAGCCGAGGCUGUACAUCAGAGUGCCAGCUGGCUGCCACUGCUAGCUAGAGAGUGCCACCCUGACGCUCGCAUCUUUCUCUGCUCUCUCUUUGCACCCAUCUGUCUAGACAGGUUUAUAUCACCCUGCAGGAGUUUGUGUGAAUCUGUACGGGACAGCUGUGCGCCAAUCAUGAGUUGCUAUGGCUACCCCUGGCCAGAAAUACUGCGCUGUGACCAGUAUCCUGCAGAUCAUCUCAUGUGCAUCUCCUCCAUCACCAACGCCACUGUGAACACGGGUGGGCACAGAGUGCCUGUGGCGAGCUGCCGUGACUGUGAACUGGAGGUGGCCUCCUCUUCUAAAGAUACACUGGAGACUUUUUGUAGGAGUGAUUUUGUUGUGAAACUGCGUCUAAAGCGUCUCAAGAACAGUCCAGCGAGUCUGUCUCAGUACUCGCUGGCUGCCAAACUGCAGGUCCUGAAGCACGGACCUCUGGUAGGAGGGAGGAUACGCUCCCAAAUUGAGCUGUGGCUAGAGAGGGAUGCCACGUGUGUGAGGAACAUGACACGGCACCACUCUCAGGGCGGUACCUUCCUAGUGACAGGUACAGUGCAAGGGGAGAGGCUGGUGGCCAACAAGGCUUAUGUCUGGCAGAAACGGGACAAGAAACUGAUGGGAGCUGUGCGCAAAUGGAAACAUCACCGGUGCAGGAGUUAUGAUUAGGUGUUUAUUCCUACACAUUUUUUAAAAAACUGAAUUGUGAAACCAGCAUUGAGCAGCUGUGGUUAAGAGAUGCAUAGAUUUAGAAAAAUAGAAUGUAACCCUAAGCCAAUAACUGUAAAUAAUAUUUGGAGUAAUCUUUUCACAAAGGAGCUUAAGUACACUGUAGGGCUGCAACAUUUAAUUGAUUUACUGAUUAUUAACCGAUUACAAGUUAAUCGUCAACUAUUUUGACAAUCAAUCUGAUUUCUGGGUUUUUGUUAUGUUUUUUUUCUUCGAAAAUGUACAUAAAGUAUCUGUGAAUUUUAAGUAAAUAUUGCUGGUCUAUAUUUGUAUGACUUUGAGAGGAAUUAAAUGGAGCGAAAUGAAGACUGAAGAAAAGCCGUUUAUAUAUAAACAGCAGAUCGUACCCAGAGACGACACUG